GCGACCGUGUUUGCAUAGAUGGGUGAAGAAUUGAAACUAUUGGGUGCGUGGGGGAGCCCAUUUAGCCGGCGAGUCGAGAUAGCUCUGAAGAUCAAAGGGGUCGAAUAUGAGUACUCGGAGGAGGAGGACAUACUCCACAGCAAGAGCGCUUUGCUUCUCAAGUACAACCCAGUGCACAAGAAGGUACCCGUGCUCGUUCACAAUGGUAAGCCCAUUGCGGAGUCCCUGGUGAUUCUCGAGUACAUUGACGAGACAUGGAAGGACAACCCGAUCAUGCCGCGAGAUCCGCACGAGAGAGCGUUGGCUCGUUUCUGGGCUAAGUUCUUCGAUGAAAAGUGCUUGCCGGCUCUAUGGAAGUAUUGCUGGAGCUUUGGGGACGAACAAGAGAAGGCAUAUGAAGACGCAUGCGGGGUCCUGAAAACUCUCGAGGGCGAGCUCAAGGACAAGAAGUUCUUCGGAGGCAACAACCUCGGGUUCGUGGACAUCGCCGCCAACUUCCUGGGAUUCUGGAUGGGAGUCAUCCAAGAAGCAGGCGGGUUCGAUAUCCUAAACCCCGAUAGGUUCCCCAGGUUGUGCAGGUGGGCUGAAGGGUUCCAGAGUUGCCCGGUCGUCAAGGAAAACCUCCCUCCGAGAGACAGACUCUAUGCCUUCUUCAAGGCCCACUUCGAGAAGAUCAGUCGCUCGAAGGAUGCCGAAGUAGCCUCGCGCCAUUAG